GCCCAUGGAAUACAGGGGUGGCAGCUCCCAGAGCUGAGCGCUGCGGGCAGCACCGACCAACAUGCUCUGCUAYAAAGCAACGUUUUAAAAGCCAGGUUCCUAACUAGAAAGAUGCAAAACCGUAAUAUCCAUGAAGAUCCUAUUACCUAGGAAGAAUUUGACGUUUUGCUGCGAAUGCUGUGUUGGGAUUGAUUUAUUCUUGGAGUGUUCUGCACGGCUGGCAAAGAAUAAUGUUCCAAAAUCGGUCCAUCUCCCAAGGGGUCCAAUUUUUCUUCCUGGGUGUCAGCGAGCCCUGACUCACUACAGUGCAGCUGACAGGGGCUGCCAUGCUUGUGGCACACUAAGCAAAAAACAAAAGACCUAAGGACGACCUUAGAACAUCACAAAGGAUGGGUUUCAAUGUAAUUAGGCUACUGAGCGGAUCAGCUGUAGCUCUGGUAAUAGCCCCUACUGUAUUACUGACAAUGCUUUCUUCUGCUGAACGAGGAUGCCCUAAGGGCUGUAGGUGUGAAGGCAAAAUGGUAUAUUGUGAAUCUCAGAAAUUGCAGGAGAUUCCCUCAAGUAUAUCUGCUGGUUGUUUAGGUUUGUCCCUUCGAUAUAACAGCCUCCAAAAACUAAAAUACAAUCAAUUUAAAGGUCUUAAUCAACUCACCUGGCUCUAUUUAGACCAUAACCACAUCAGCAAUAUUGACGAAAAUGCUUUCAGUGGAAUACGCAGACUAAAAGAGUUGAUCUUGAGUUCMAACAGAAUCUCCUAUUUUCUUAAUAAUACCUUCAGACCUGUGACAAAUCUCCGGAAUUUGGAUCUGUCAUACAAUCAGCUGCAGUCUCUGGGAUCUGAACAGUUCAGGGGCUUAAGGAAGCUGCUGAGUUUACAUUUGCGGUCCAAUUCCCUAAGAAACAUCCCUGUUCGAAUAUUUCAAGAUUGUAGGAACCUUGAACUGUUGGACCUGGGUUAUAAUCGCAUCCGAAGUUUAGCAAGGAAUGUCUUUGCAGGUAUGAUCAGACUGAAAGAGCUUCACCUGGAGCACAAUCAAUUUUCUAAGCUCAACCUGGCACUUUUUCCAAGGCUAGUCAGCCUUCAGAAUCUUUAUUUACAAUGGAAUAAAAUCAGUGUGAUAGGACAAACUAUGUCCUGGACCUGGAGCUCGUUACAAAGACUUGAUUUAUCUGGCAAUGAAAUAGAAGCUUUCAGUGGACCUAGUGUUUUUCAGUGUGUGCCCAAUUUACAGCGCCUCAACCUGGAUUCAAACAAGCUCACAUUUAUUGGUCAAGAAAUUUUGGAUUCUUGGAUAUCUCUCAAUGACAUCAGCCUUGCUGGGAAUAUAUGGGAAUGCAGCAGAAACAUUUGCUCUCUGGUAAACUGGCUUAAAAGUUUUAAAGGGCUGAGGGAAAAUACAAUUAUUUGUGCCAGCCCCAAAGAGCUGCAAGGGGUGAAUGUUAUUGAUGCAGUGAAAAACUACAGCAUCUGUGGCAAGAGUACCACGGAAAGGUUUGAACUAGCACGAGCUCUCCCAAAGCCAACRUUUAAACCAAAACUCACCAGGCCUAAACAUGACAGCAAGCCCCCUCUGCCCCCAACCAUCGGAGCCACCGAAUCGAGCUCCGAGCCCGAGCACGACACGGAACACAUCUCCUUCCAUAAAAUCAUAGCAGGCAGCGUGGCUCUUUUCCUGUCUGUGCUGGUGAUCCUGCUGGUGAUCUAUGUGUCAUGGAAGCGUUACCCUGCCAGCAUGAAGCAGCUGCAGCAGCGCUCUCUCAUGCGAAGGCACAGGAAAAAGAAAAGACAGUCGCUGAAGCAAAUGACUCCAAGCACACAGGAAUUUUAUGUAGAUUACAAACCCACCAACACUGAAACCAGUGAGAUGCUGCUGAAUGGAACAGGACCCUGCACGUAUAACAAAUCAGGCUCCAGGGAAUGCGAGAUCCCGCUGUCCAUGAACGUGUCAACGUUUCUGGCCUACGACCAGCCCACGCUGAGCUACUGCGGGGUGCACCACGACCUGCUGGCUCACAAGCCCUACGACUCCAGCAGCCAGGAGGAYGCAGUGGAUGCCCAGCUGGAGCCCGAGCUGGACCUGAGCACAAUCACCACGGCAGCACGGAUCAAGGAGCACAGCCAGCAGCUGGCUUGAGGGGGUGUUGGUGGGGCUGGCCUCUMGCAGAGGCUGCAACCAAAUGCUAUGUAACAUUAUGGACACCGGUGAGGAGACCCAAUUCUCUGGAUUCUAGGAUCCCUGUUCAAAUUAAAAGCAAAUCAUAAAGAUUAAUUGUUUCGAGUCUACAAUUUGUAAUUAGUUCGGUUGUGCAGUAUUUUUUGACUUCAGAGUAUGACCCUUGAAGCGAAUCUUUUUCAAAACUCAUCCUACCUACCUGUAUAAACUGUACAGAUGUAAUGUAUUUUUCAUAUUGUAAAGUUUCAAUUACCAAGAACAACUGGUAUGUACAGUACCAUAAUUUAAUUACAUCUUACUUUACAAGCUUCAGUUUCUAAAGCUUCAAAUUAACAAAAGUUACUUCUUGUGUUAUUAAGUUACUCUGUUUUGUAGGGAUCAUUUUGUUACUGCUUUUGUGCCCAGAAAACUUUAAUCUAAAAUUCUGUCCUUUGCAGAAUAUGCACCAUUUUUACCAUGUUUAACGUGUAGAAUUUUAUCUACUGCUUCCAGAGGGAGGGUUUAACUAUUCAAACUUCUAAGAAAUUCUUGAAAUAUAKAGCCAAGUUUUCCUAGAAAUGAAAACUUAAAAAAAAAAUUAAUUCUCCUCAAACUUACAUGUUGCCUUGAAAUACAGCCUGAUUUUUAACAAAGCUUGUUUAUGCAAUGGUAAGCCAAGGCUGGUGAUAUUUUAUUAAGUCUCACUGUUCUGCAAGACAAUACAGAUAGGAGACUUCAAUAGGCAGCUACAAAAUCUGCUGUGAGAGUCUGCUAAAUCAGGCAUUAAUAUUUCUGCUUAAAGACAAAGGGGUCCAAAAUCUACUUYUGUCACAGGCUGACAGAAGUGACAACAGAAACAAGCCCUUAUACUACUCCUAGAAUGCAAAAUGCUACUCAAAAGAAGCAUCUAUAUGCUGAAAAAUGUAGUCAUUUGGAACAAAUGGUAAAAGUUAUAGUCCUUUAUAAGAAAGCAAACAAAGAAAAAGAACCAAAACUUUUAAAUAAAAAAGAAAAUUAUUGUAGCAUUAAGUCUUUAACAAUUACUACAUUGCUUAUUUGUCUGUCAUUUAAUAUCUGGAUUGAAGCAUUCUUAUAUCCCAUACUUUGGUUUUAAAGACUUCAAGACUUCUCAAUACUGUGUGAGAGUAACUUUUUAUACCACAACCCUCAUGUUGUAAUCCUAAAAGAUUACAGAAACUAGAAAGACAUUAUAUCAUGCUGACUUGGUGAAAAACAAAAUGGGAACAUGAGCCUUCCAAAAUAUAGGAAAAAAGAGUUUCAUAUGGUGAAGCAACUUUUUUAUAAUAAAGAGAAAUUAUAUAACCACAAAUCUAUUUUUCUGGAUGUUUAUCCCACCAUAUUUUCAUGUAGCUUCAAAGCAAAAGACUGRAAUUUAACAUUACAGGGUAAUUGUUUGUACAAAGCAAAGUGAAUAGAAUGAAAAAUAGCUUCAAAAAUUGGUAUCUAAUCUGCAUUCAGUACCUGUUAAGUGGAAACAAAAGUGUCAAGACACAAUACAUUGUACUGCUUAU